CACCGAGCCAGAUCCCAGGACUCCCCAGUCCGCAGCAGCGAGCGAGCGCGAGGUCAAGCUGGAGCAGCCGCCAAGCGCCGCGAACCCGACCCGGCCAACACCACACCAACCCACCCACCCGGGCACACACGACCGCGACUCUUCUUCUCUUCUCCGCCACGGCAGGAGGAGAGGAGAGGAGGGAAAAGGAGAAGAAGCGCCCGCCCGACCCCGACCCCGCGACACCGGACGCCGGACGGCGCCUCAUAUUCGCCCGGUCGCGGUCGGUCGGUUCGUGGCGUCAACCUGAAGCAGCAUCCUCGCAUGGCCACACCGCCCUUCGACUUCGCUUCCCUUGCUGUCCUGAGCAGCUGCGCUUCUGUCCUCCAUCCCCCUGCGGCCCUGCCUGCCUUCUCCGUCGCUGGCGAGGCUUCUCCAAGCCUCGCUGCUCGCUAGCUCCACCUUGUUCCGGCGCCCGCGGCGGUGGGCUGGGUGGUGGGAUCGCCGGGAGGGUCCGCGCGCGCGCGAGGACCUCCGCGGGGCCGGGCAGCUGGGUGCGGCGGCGGCUGUGGUGAUUCCUGGAUAAAGUUCAUUCUUGUUUGGUGGCUUCUUCUGGUUAGUAGGGCACACCAACCUACCUCAAGUUUUCUUGUGGUUGUAAGCUUUCAGGAUACACCUGGGAGCGUUUGGUUACUUUGAAGGAGUUGUUGGAUAUACCACAUCAGGGUGACAGUUCAGCAGGAAUUGUUCGACUUUCAGAUCAGAUGGUUUUGUUCUGAGUUUUUUCUUCCGAGAUUAUGCGAUGCUUUAGAGUGAAGAUAUAGUGAAUGCAAAACUCGGACCAACUUGUCACAAGGUUUUUGAGUGAUGAAGAAAUGGCAUGGUGGCUUUGUCGUAGUAUCCUUGUUCAUCAUCUUGAUGUUAAGAUAUGUGAUAUUGGAUAGCCCACUCGCGGAAAAUUCGCUUCGGUAUGUCUUUCAGCAAAACAGAACGGCAGAACUUAAUUGGUUGGAUGUUCCAAACCCACCUGCAAUCCAGAAUCCACAGAACUCUUCUGAAGUAAUAUCAACCAAACUCUUGGCAUCCAACCUUUCCAUUACCAGAAAUCUCUCUGAUAGAGAACUACAGUCUUUGCAUUCUUGGAAUCUUUUGAGGGAUCUAGUAUCUCAUGCCCAUAUCCUACCAGAUGGAGUGGAGGCAAUCAAGGAAGCUGGAGUUGCAUGGAGAGAACUAAAUACAGCCCUGGCAUAUGAUGAUUCAAUUGCUUCUGUUAAUGGCAGCACUCAACAAAAGGACAAAGGAAAACAAUGCCCAUAUUCUAUCCGAAGAAUGAAUGCCACGAGGUUAGGGGAUAGGUUUGCUUUAAAGAUCCCUUGUGGAUUGAUUCAGGGCUCUUCAAUAACUAUCAUUGGUACUCCUGGUGGUCUUCUGGGUAAUUUUAAGAUAGAGUUAACUGGAGCUGCAGUUCCUGGUGAACCAGACCCUCCCAUUGCGCUUCAUUAUAAUGUCCGCCUUCUUGGUGAUAAACUUACAGAAGAUCCUGUGAUAGUCCAAAAUACAUGGACUGUAGCUGAUGAUUGGGGUUCUGAAGACCGCUGCCCAUCUUCUGAAUCGGAUGCUAAAGACAGUGCAAAAGUGGAUGAUCUAGAAAAAUGUAGUGGCAUGGUAGGCAAGGACCACAAAGAAAUCUUGGCCUCUAAGUUACGUUCUAAUGUUUCGACCAUGCCACCUGCAAGGAAAAAGAGUGCAGAACCUAGAAAAUAUUUUCCCUUCAAACAAGGAUAUCUUGCUGUAGCAAUUCUUCGCGUCGGAGCACAUGGGAUUCAUAUGACUGUAGAUGGCAAACAUAUCACUUCCUUUGCGUUUCGAGAGGAUUUGGAACCAGGGUUUGUUGGUGAAGUAAGAAUUGCAGGAGACAUUAAAUUACUCUCUGUGAUAGCAAGUGGUCUGCCUACAACCGAGGACUUUGAGCAUGUCAUGGACCUGGAAACAUUGAAGGCUCCACCUGUGCCCAUAGAUAAAUCAGUUGAUCUUUUCAUAGGGAUCUUCUCUACAGCAAACAAUUUCAAACGCCGGAUGGCAGUUCGUAGAACUUGGAUGCAAUAUGAUGCUGUCCGCUCAGCAAAAGUUGCAGUCCGAUUCUUUGUUGGCCUGCACAAAAAUGAGGUGGUGAAUGAAGAACUCUGGAAUGAAGCACGGACAUAUGGAGACAUCCAGUUGAUGCCAUUUGUGGAUUACUAUAGCCUGAUUCUCUGGAAAACCAUAGCGAUCUGCAUCUAUGGGACAAAUGUUCUGUCAGCCAAGUAUGUGAUGAAAACAGAUGACGAUGCUUUUGUUCGAGUGGAUGAAAUACUUUCUUCUCUAGACCGAGUAAAUAUCAGCCAUGGACUUCUGUAUGGUCGUGUCAAUUCUGAUUCUCAGCCUCAUCGAGAUCCAUAUAGCAAAUGGUACAUAACCCCUGAGGAAUGGCCUGAGGAGAGUUAUCCUCCAUGGGCACAUGGCCCAGGAUACAUUGUUUCAAAGGAUAUAGCAAAGGAAGUUUACAGAAAGCACAAGAGGGGGGAGUUAAAGAUGUUCAAGCUGGAGGAUGUCGCAAUGGGGAUAUGGAUAAAUGAGAUGAAGAAGGAUGGCUUGGAUGUCAAGUACGAGAAUGAUGGGAGGAUCUUGGUCGAAGGCUGUGAGGACGGGUAUGUGAUUGCCCACUACCAAGAACCAAGGGAUAUGAUGUGCCUCUGGGACAAAUUUCAGAAAACAAAACGAGGAACAUGCUGCAAAGAGUAACAGAACUAAGGAAGAGCAGUCCAUCAUAUUACGGUGGUUGCUGUUGGCCGUUGCCUGAACUGACACCUUCGUGCUAGGACAAUCUUGACACAGCCCCAUGUAAGAGGACUAGCAGAACUGGAAGGCAGCAAAGUUUUGGAUACCUUUUAGUUUCGUUUUGUCCACAGUUGGAAGAGUUUCAAGUCUAACUAGGGAAAUACGCAUUGUAGGUGUUGUAGGCCACAUCUAUUUUUGGCAUAGGUAGGAGGGUAUUGCUUUGCUUAGAGUGUGAUUAUAUAAGAGAAUGUACUACUAGGAUACAGCGGCGGCAGGUUAUGUUGCUAGGAUAGAUUGAGAGGCAGUGUUACCAUUCUUUGAAAGGAAUGCAUUUUGCAUCUGGUGUAAAGCUAUGUGACAGCUAUUCUCUUAUAUAAUCCAUUCUCAAUUCACUCCA